UCCCAGAGAGUAAACAGGAAGUAGAAUUCAAUGGUCGGGUGAAAAACACCGAGGACUCAGAAGGGAUUCACUCCCGCGUGUCCCCUGAACCAUGGCCGAAUACUCCUAUGUGAAGUCCACCAAACUCGUGCUCAAGGGAACCAAGGCUAAGAGUAAGAAGAAAAAGAGCAAAGAGAAGAAGAGAAAAAGAGAAGAAGAUGAAGAAACUCAGCUUGAUAUUGUUGGAAUCUGGUGGACAGUAACAAACUUUGGUGAAAUUUCAGGAACCAUAGCAAUUGAAAUGGAUAAAGGAACCUAUAUACACGCACUUGACAAUGGACUUUUUACACUGGGAGCUCCACAUAAAGAAGUUGAUGAGGGCCCUAGUCCUCCAGAGCAGUUUACAGCUGUCAAAUUGUCUGAUUCCAGAAUUGCCCUGAAAUCUGGCUAUGGAAAAUACCUUGGUAUUAAUUCAGAUGGACUUGUUGUGGGGCGUUCGGAUGCAAUUGGACCAAGAGAACAAUGGGAACCAGUCUUUCAAGAUGGGAAAAUGGCCCUAUUGGCCUCAAAUAGCUGUUUUAUUAGAUGCAACGAAGCAGGUGAUAUAGAAGCAAAAAGUAAAACAGCAGGAGAAGAAGAAAUGAUAAAGAUUAGAUCCUGUGCUGAAAGAGAAACUAAGAAAAAAGAUGAUAUUCCAGAAGAAGACAAAGGAAAUGUUAAACAGUGUGAAAUCAAUUAUGUAAAGAAAUUUCAGAGCUUCCAAGACCACAAACUUAAAAUAAGUAAAGAAGACAGUAAAAUUCUCAAAAAGGCCCGGAAGGAUGGAUUUUUACAUGAAACACUUCUGGACAGGAGAGCCAAAUUGAAGGCUGAUAGAUACUGCAAAUGACCAGAAUUUUUGUUUCUGUCUCCCCCUAUUGUUUUUUUUUUCUGAAUAAAAUAAUCAAUGGAAGUGUUUUUA